ACCGCCGAUACUGCGCCCCCUCUUGGGCGUCGCCAUCUUGGGCCCCGCAGAAAAAGUCCUCCUCCCGGCGGGAAGGGACAGAAAGUUCGGAGGAAGCAAAGGAAAGGAGGGAGGCGCCGCGCAGCAACCAGGAAAUAUAUACACCCAGGGCGAGAUUGCAUGGAAGUGAAGGUAUGGCGUGGAGCUUGUUGCUGCCCAGGAGGGCUCCGAGUCUCUUGCCUCGUGUGGCGGAUCUGAGAAGAGUGAUUGAUCCCUGCGUGAUCAGAGGUACGGGAUGCCAGCUCUGCCAUAGUGGCCAACCGUCAGCUGCUGACAGCCCCAUGGGAAAAGAAAAAUGUCAUCCGUUGUAUCCAGGGCACCUCCCCACCAGCCCCCUGCAGAAAGGCCUGCUGGCAGCUGGCUCGGCGUUCAUGGCUCUCUACGAUCCCUACCGGCAUGAUAUGGUGGCCGUCCUUGCGGAGACGACGGGUUACCUAGCUCUGAAAAAACUCAGAGACAGGAUGAGAAAUGACCACGAGGGAUAUCGGAUCCUACAAGAACGCCCUCGGAUACGCCUCUCCACAUUGGAUGUCGCUGGACUCCAGGCGCUUCCAGAUGGGACUCUCGGCCGGGAAUAUGUUCGGUUUUUGGAUGAUAAUAGGGUUUCUCCAGACUCAAGGAUGCCUGCCAAGUUUGUAGACGACGAAGAAUUGGCCUAUGUGGUCCAAAGGUACAGAGAAGUCCAUGACCUGAUGCACACCCUUCUUGGCAUGCCCACCAACAUGCUCGGAGAAGUCGUGGUGAAGUGGUUUGAGGCAGUCCAGACUGGCCUGCCCAUGUGCAUUCUGGGAGCAGCAUUUGGCCCAGUCCGUCUUAACGCCCGGAGGCUGUAUGUCCUGUCCACCGAGCUUAUUCCGUGGGCUGUUCAGAGUGGAAGCAAUGCCAACUGCAUCCUGAAUUUCUAUUACGAGGCACGCUGGGAGCAAACUGUAGAGUCCCUUCGCCAGGAAAUUGGCAUCUUGCCACCCCCGGCAGUUCAAGUGUGAAUUCGUAUUGGCAGGGGGGAAGAGAAGCAGGCCUCACCCCUGGCAGAUCAUGCGGCUGAUGAGGAAGCAGUUGAUUAAAUAGAUUUAAACUCUUGGAAGUUAAACACAGCUUUUCUUUGGGCAGCUGGGCAGCUGUGGUUUGGCCAGGCAGAAAGUGAUUUCCCUACCCCUCCAAAAAGAGACUGUGAAAUACAUCAAAACCAGGUAAAACAGUGUUUAAAACACAAAACCCAUUCAGCCACAUGAACAGAAGUAAAAAGACUGGGAAGAUGAGAACACCAGCAGAGAGGAGAUUUCAAACUCUAAAAGGCGGAUUGUACAUUAGAUUGCUUCAUUAUUUAUUGAUGCUAUUGAACUCAGUGGUGUGAUGGUCCUUAUCUCAUUCAUCUUCACAACGGUCCUGUGAGGUAGGUUCUUCACAUAUUCCCAUUUUAUAAGCCUUCUGUGGACACUCUCAAAGUGCUAUCUUGCCCUGUGCUUGGAAGAGGGCUUCUGUUAGAUCCGCUCGAUCAGCUGAUUCUGAACUUCAGAAGCCCCAUUCAAGCGCUGAAGAAAACAGUGCUUUGAAAGAGGUGCCUGAAGACCUCUGCAGGCAAAAAGGGUGACUGACAUCUUUGUCAUGUCAAACUUGACCCGAGAAGGGCAGGAGAGAGAACAAUUUGGCCUGCUGGCCUAGAAAGGUUCCCCACGUAUGUUAAAGACAGAAAUGAGGCUGAGGGCAGUUAAACCAAGGGCUGCAUUCCCUCAACGGUAACCUUCCAGUGGUGGGUGGAGUCAGAGGCCAAAAGUGGGUGAAGCAAUGGGUGCACCUCUUACCUUUGUACCAUAGCCUACACUCCAGCCACACAAAAGGCAGAGUACACCCCUCACUCGCAUCUCUCCAUCCAGACUAGUAUAGCUGCUUUCACACUUAUUGCAUCAGCUUUUAAAUAAUAGCGCUUCUUCCCAAUUUCUAAAAAUCCUUUCGCAUUGCAGUUGCAUUAAGGAACUGUGGCUUUUUUGGCUGAUAUACAGGCAUUUCACGCAAAUUUCUUUCACGCCGCUGCAACGAACAGCGCCUUUUUUUCAUCCCAUGCAUGUGCAUGCAGUAGUUUCCCACUAUGUAGGAGCCCUAAGAUCUGGUCCCAUUGCCACGUGACCCCUCUCCCUUUAGCAUCUGAAAUUAUUUUUGUGGAGUGUCUGGAUAUGGGGGUGGGUGGAAAAGAGGAAGGGGAAGCUGCUGCCUACACUGGAAUACUGGUACAAUUUUCAUAAGGCAAAAAAAAAAAAUGGACACAUGCCUAAAUGAAGGGAACACAUUUCAUGCCGGGAUACCUGUCACAUGAGUGGCUGCAACUAGCGUAAAACUCACACGAUUUUCCAAGCUUGCAAAUGGAUUAUUUCUCGAAUCGUUUAUCAUGGAAAUUAGUACUAAACUUCCACUAAAUUCUGAAUUUAUUUAAUUCAGUCCAAGACCAGCAAUAAACUUCCACUAGAUUUCUAGAACUAGCAUUUGCAUUGUGUGAAAGAUCAAAUAAAAUGUGCAAAUUACCAGGUAAGAAAUCGUGCAGUGUGAAAGCAGCUUGAGAGUCAUUAAUGAUUACACUUCAAGGGCACAGUCCAGUCAGGCAAAAGCAUUGAAGGAGGGUGUAGAGCAAGCCCCGUCAUCAGGAAGACUUGUAACCUCAUGCAAAUUCUAGGUGGUUUUCUAAACAUUGUUCCAUAUUCCAUGACAAAAUGCUGAAAGACUCAGCUUUUAGUUGCUUCUCAACAUUCAUGGCUGCCUGGGAAAUUUUGGAUCACCCCAUGUAUUGUUUUUUCAAUAAAUCAUAAGAGGAGUGUAUUUAUUAGAAGUUUUUUCACCUUUCUCUUCAGCCAAAAAAGGUUCCCAAAGUGGUUUACAAAAAGCAAUAAAAGCAGUCCCUUCCCUCGUGCUUACUAUCUGAAAGGCAUGACACAAAAGGAAAAGGGAUUGUAAGGGAGGAGGGAAAAAACAGAUUCGGGCAUUAGUUCUGCAUUGCAAAGUUCUUAUAAUUCCUCCUACUGGGUGGAAGGGCGGAAUAUAAAUAAAAUAGUGACUAGAUUGACAAAAGUUACUGAUCUCUCAGCCGAGCCAAUAGAGUGGCUCUGCUUCCCUCCACUCCCUUGGAUGUAGUCUGACAUAAUUGCUGCUGCCAGGUGACAGCUGUGCCUGAUGGAUAUGGGUGCAUCUGUGAGACAGCUGGGCCAUUUUGAGGCUGUUUCCAUUGCCUCUUUUCCUAAACAUUUGUUACUCGUCUAGGAUUAUCUUGUGGUCUCUGUCACCCCAGCUUCUUGAAUUCUGAAAAAGUGAAUCAAUGUAGAUAAAUCUUGUGAAUGGCUAGAGUUUAUUUUGGAUGCUGAAUUUGAAAGGGUAGUGGGAGUUUGUCCCAGUUUCUAAAUACCUCGUCUUCCCUCGCCCAGACAUGGAGGAAGGGCUGUAGAUUAGCCUAGAGCAUCUGCUGUGCAUGCUGGAAGUCUCAGGUUCAGUCCCCUGCAUCUCUGGGUAGGAUUGGGAAAGACCCCUGUAUGAAAUCCUGGCGAGCCACUGCCAGUCAGAAUAGGCAGUGCUGAGGUAGAUGGACCAAUGGUCUGACUCUGUCUAAGGCAGCUUCCUAAGUUUCUAUCUACACAGCCUGCUGGUUACUGCUUUUAGCUAUAGAAGAAACCUAAGAAGGAGUAGUGAAAUGGUAACUCAUAAUUUGAUGCUCAUCACUCAGAAUCUGAAUUCUGAAUUUCAUCUGGCUGUGAUAGAUUGGAUUACCCAAUGGAAUGCAUGCAUUAUUUAUUUAUUUAACAGGAUUUGUAAACGUACUGCCUUCAAGUCGAUUCCGACUUAUGGCGACCCUAUGAAUAGGGUUUUCAUGAGGCUGAGUGGCAGUGGCUGGCCCAAGGUCACCCAGUAAGCUUCAUGGCUAUGUGGGGAUUCGGAUUUAUAUACUGCUGAAUUAUCAAAAACCCUAAGCGGCUUACACAGAAUAUAAAAUAUACAUUACACUUGCUAAUAAAAUCAGAUGUCAGAAACAAGCUAGCCUAA